AUGCCCACUAAGAAACUCUGGGAGCCCACCACACCUGGUGCCUGCAUGGAUCUCGGAAAAUACUACUAUGGUCUCCAAAUUCCAAACAUUGUUACCGACGCCAUCCUUCUCGUUAUGCCUAUGCACACAGUCUGGAAUCUUCCCAUCUCAAAGGCCCAGAAAGCUGGUCUUUCUGGGAUUUUCGUUGUCGGAUUCCUGACUCUGAUCUUCGAUAUCAUUCGCCUGGUCGCUCUCAUUGACUUAUCCAAAGAGGGGAACGAUAUUACAUAUAAUCAAGUGAACUCGAGUGUCUGGACCUGCAUCGAGCCUGCUGUCGGUGUUUUAGCAGCUUGCCUUUCAAACACUCGUCCCUUGUUCAAGGUCAUGCAUGAGAAGGUCUGGGUUCGUCGCAUCAGCAAUAAUGGCACCGCCAAUGCCAGCCAGCAGGAAAUCGCAGGCGAGAAGCGCGAUUGGGAACACAGAACUCCUAGCCCCAACUGCGAGACCACCAACUCAGACUCUAUACUUCCCACAACAAUAGCCCUUGUUAAGUGA